CUCUUGUACUCCGACACGGGCCUCUGCGAGAGAUCCUCCCUUCCUCUCGGAAUCCACCGUUGAUUUUACGCCACUGAGCGAUCAGUCACCAGUCCAGGUGCUAGAGCGAGCGUGUACACAUUCACGCUAACGGUUGGAUAAGGACGGGACGUAGCCGUUGCGGGAGUGGGCAGGAAGCGGCUCGGCUCGGACUAUGUAAGACGACGAGGCGGCGGCCGAGGGGUCCGAUCGAGCCGAGUUCCCGUCGAGUCGAGACCGGAGUAGAUAGUGUUUGAUCGGCUGUCGCGGCGCGUGGAAUUCCCUCGUUCGAGCGGCUCGCUUCGUCGAGUCCUGGCCGACGAUUUUUGUUGUUUUGCGCGUUGCCGAAGCUCGUCGAAAAGACCGGGGAACGGAGCGUGAGAUGAGUCUAGUCGUCGACGAGAAGGCAAGAAGAGAGAGAGAGGUGGUGAAGUGGUGACGAGAUAAUCGGUGCACCGUAGUUGCGAAGUUCUUGUCGAGACGCACACGUACACACGUGAAGAUUUCAAGUUAUUUUCGUCGAGAUACGAUCUUGAUUGUAUCGUUAUUAUCGAUAUUUUAAAACGCUAUGGAAGACACGACGUCCAGCGUCCUUCUAAUGUCGAAGAUCGGCGCGAUGAUCGGCCUAGGUCUCGGUUCUCUAGUGCUGGGAAUCCUGCCGAUGAUCGUAGGACGUUACAGGGCCAAGAAACGACUCCGGAAACAUUCCCAGCCGAUCUCCUCUGAUCGUUUCAGCACGUCCACUUCGGCGUCUUUGCCGGACGUCGAAGGCUCGACCUCCGCGGCGGACAAACAAGGUCUCCUGACAUCGCUGUUGCUUUGCUUCGGCGGCGGAGUACUCCUGUUCACAACGUUCCUGCAUCUGGCACCGGAAGUGCGCGAAAGCGUCGAGAGACACCAAUCAAACGGUCAGCUACCGACCCUGGGCACCCUCGGUUUGGCAGAGUUGCUCUUCUGCGGUGGUUUCUUUCUGGUCUACCUGGUCGAGGAGGCGGUGCACGCAGCCCUCACCGGUAAACCCGAGUCCUCGGAGGCGUUGCUCUAUCGAACCGUAUCGGUGCGCAGAUGUAACAACAAUCAGACGGGCCCGUCGACGAUGAGCGGCUCGACUACCACCGUAUCCACGACGAUGACAAGAUCUACCGCGUGGAAGGACGACGACGACGAGGAGAAUAGAGCCGACUUGGAACGAUCCAGGAUCCAGCUCGAUGAAUUACGCAAUGAAAAAAAUGUGGGCAAGGACGACAAGGUCCUGCCGGCUAUAUUCGUCCUAUCCUCCGCGUUAUCGAGCGAAGGACAUCAAGUCGAGAAGCAUUCGGAUCCAGAAUUGGCGAUGUCGGAAUUAAAUUACCAGCCAAUCAAGCAUCAGGAUCAUCGCCAUCAUCAACAUAAUAAUCAUCAUAAUCACAACCAUCACCAUCAUCAUCAUCAUCACCAUCAUCAACAUGGCACGAUAACGCAGAACACUUCGAUACAAGGUCUGCUGACCGUGCUUGCGUUAUCCUUUCACGCGAUAUUCGAGGGCCUGGCGGUAGGCCUGGAGCCGUCCAUCAGCUCGGUCGUCUAUCUAGCAGCCGCCAUCGCAACCCACAAGCUGGUCAUCUCCUUCUGCGUCGGGAUGGAGCUCUACGUGGCCGGUGCGUCCACGCGAGCGACCCUCGGAUAUCUGUCCAUCUUUUCCAUGGUAACGCCGAUUGGGAUCGGAAUCGGACUAGCGCUGGGUCACUUGAAGAAUGACAGCGAAAAUCUGGGAACCACGCCAACCAUAUUGCAGGGCAUGGCAGCCGGUACCCUGCUCUACGUGGUGUUCUUCGAAGUGCUGGCACGUGAAAGAGCGAACGAGAAGAGCGGCCUGCUGCAGCUGGUCGCGAUCAUCGUCGGCUUCACGCUGAUGCUGGGCCUGCAAAUUGCCACCGCUCAUUCACACAGCCACAAUCACGGUCAUGGUCACGGAGACGAGGAGGAGGACCACGAUCACGACCACGAUCACGAUCACGAGCACGAGCACGAUCACAAGCAUCUGGUUACGAACGCGAUCGACAAAGUGACCGACAGCAUCGCCGAGGUCCUCUCCAACGCUCUCACAUCCACGACGACGAUACGAUCGAGGGAUAUCAACGAGACCAGCACGUUGCAUCCUCAUCAUAGUUAGGGAUCGACCUGCACUUGCGCAAGUUCCACGUUGGAACUUCUUCGGCAAGAGAUUCAAUUUGCAUCGAGGACCCCUCUUUGCUAAGGACAGAGAGACGUUUCUCAAUGAUUUUUUUUCGCCCAUUUUGGCAAAAUGGAAACCGAAAUCGAAGCCGAGGAAAUGAUAGAGUUAAUGCAUCCUUUUAAGUGCGUGGAUCUGUUGAUUGUGUGUGAUUGAUUUUCUGUUCCAGACAUGAUGCGACAAUGAAAGACUUGUAUUGCAUGUUAUAUACGUAUAUUCGACCAGAGAAAUAUGUUCUUUUAUCGCCGAUCCGAUUGAAAACUGUACGUUGACGAAAAAAAAAGAAAGUGUUAGUGGAUUCUUGACGUAUUUCGUUAACUGCAGAAGAGUUUCUCGCUCAAAGAUUUACGAUGAAUGAGGGCUUUCAUAUAGAUGUAUUGUUCGGAUCUCGAUACAGUAAUUAUUUUUUAUGUAUUUUUGAAUAUGAUAAUAGAUAAGUGUUUGA